GGCUCUCUUGGUUGAGCUGAUUCGGCGAGUCUUUCUCUCCUCCUUCUCUCCUUCCUCUCUUUUUCUCCAACAGCCAGAUCCGUGUCUUUGCUCAAGCCAAAGAAGUGGGCAGAGAGAGAGAGAGAAAGAAGCAGAGAAAGAGAGAGAGAGAGUCGAGCGAGCACGCCGCGCGAACUUGGCGGAAACUUAAGAGAAUGCGCCAAAAGCCCACGCUUCUGCUGCUGCUGCUGGCGGUUGCUGCUGCUUCUGCUUCUGCAUCCUAUGAAGUCGAGCAGAAUGACUCCUCCGUCAGCCCCAGGAAGGUCAGGCUCGCAGCCCAAAACUCAGUGGAUGUGGUUCGAUGUCUAAAUAGUGCCCUCCAAGUAGGAUGUGGGGCUUUUGCCUGUCUGGAAAACUCUUCGUGUGACACAGGUGGCAUGUAUGACAUCUGCAAAUCUUUCCUCUACAGCGCUGCUAAAUUUGACACUCAGGGGAAGGCCUUUGUAAAGGAGAGUCUGAAAUGCAUUGCCAACGGUGUCACAUCCAAGGUGUUCCUGGCCAUUCGCCGAUGUUCCACAUUCCAGCGUAUGAUUUCUGAAGUGCAGGAAGAAUGUUAUAGCAAGCUGGACAUCUGUGGUGUUGCAAAAAGGAAUCCAGAAGCCAUCACAGAAGUGGUCCAACUCCCAAACCAAUUCUCAAACAGGUAUUACAGCAAACUUAUGAGAAGUUUGUUGGAAUGUGGGGAAGAAAUUGUCGGGACCAUUAAAGACAGUUUGAUGGCCAAAAUUGGACCAAACAUGGCCAGCCUGUUCCAUCUCCUGCAGACCGAUCGCUGCGCCCAGAUUCAUCCGAGAGCAGACUUCAAUCGGAGACGCAUCUCGGAGCCUCAAAAGUUAAAAAUCUAUUUGAGGAAUCUCCAGGGGGAGGGACCUUCACCAGCCUACGCGAAGCGUGAUUCUUCAGAAAGCGUGUAAUGUGCCAUUGAAUGAGUAGAGAAUCCCAGUUGUACCAAACUAAGAAAUUGCUCUU